AUGGCCUAUGCUACCAAAGCAAUAGUUGCUGUGGCAUUGAUAUAUUUUUCACAGUUUUUGCGUAAUUUUCUUCGGAAUAUUGUCAACGGACGGGCUAUUAAGCUGCCGUUGGUUAUUGUUCCGGUAGAUCAGACCUCGCUGCUCUGGUUGAUACUAGCCCCCCUUGGUAGAAAACAACUACAACAGAUAUUGCCUGUGCAAGUCUGGAAUAGGCUGGCGAUUUCUAUUUUCGGCUGGGAGUUUCAUGAAAAAUUGCGACCGUUUCAACAGUUCGCAGAUGACCGUGGUGAUGGAAAGGGAUUGUCGUAUCUGCUAGCUGGAUUGGGUCAGCUCGAGCUCUGGACAGCCGACCCGAUAGCAGUCCAAGACAUCUUGCUUCGCCAUCGCGACUUUGAAGUACCACACUCACUCGAGUUUGCCCUUGGACAAUACGGGCCGAAUGUACUGACAACAAAUGGAGAUCAAUGGACAAGGCAUCGGAGAAUAGUCUCUAGUGUCAUCGACGAGCGCAUAUCAAAGACUGUUUUUGAGGAAUCGAUCCAACAGACUAGAGGCUUGCUAGGUGAGAUACAGCCAUCUAAAAGUUUGAAUAACCCUCAGACCACCGACACCUUCCAUUUAUUUGACAUGCUAAAAAAAAUCACCAUUCAUGUUCUUCUCACUGCCGGAAUGGGAAGGACAGUAGCAUGGAAUGACGGCAACGACCAAGAAGCAGACAAAGGUUUCAGAAUGACACAUAUAAGAUCACUUACGACGGUUGUAACAAGCAUUGCGGGCGCUGGCUUACUUCCAACUGGCAUGCUCACUCAUUGGCCACGGUGGCUACCAGGCCAUGACAAAAUGACAUCGAUCGGACGUGCGAAGAAUGAGGUACAGAUGCGCAGCAAAAUAAUCUUGGAAGCGGAGCGAAUUUCCAUGGCCAGGGGAGAGACGUCUGGAUCGACGAACAACAUCAUGAGAAAGUUACUUGAGGCUUCACAGGACGGCCAUGAUUCUGGCAAGCCACUAUCGGAAGCUGAGAUGAUCAGCAACCUGUUUAUUUUUACUGCUGCAGGCUUCGAGACAACAGCAACAUUGUUAGCCUACGCCAUGGUUCUCCUCGCCAGAUAUCCCAUGUGGCAAGAUUGGCUGCUUGAAGAAGUGGACGAGCUCGCUUCGGUCGAUGAGCCGUCGGAACCAACGGAGUACACGGCUGCUUUCCCUCGAGCCAUACGCACCAUGGCAUUCAUGUACGAGACUCUGAGAUUAUACAGCCCGGUAUGCCACGUCCACAGAGAAACGGCUUCGCCGCAAACUUUGCAAACGGCCACGGGCACCGUCCACCUGCCGGCCAAGACGAGAAUUUACGUGAAUUCAGUGGCGGUGCACCUUCUUCCUAUAUGGCGGGACAUAAAUAGAGACUCGGACCCGCCCUUUUACAAGCAGGAACCAACGGCCUCUGCUGACGAGCACGCAUUCCGGCCGUCGAGAUGGCUCAACCCGCCCGACAAGACGCAACGAAUUUACCACCCGCCAAAAGGGACGUGGAUUCCCUGGGCGAUGGGGCCACGAGUUUGCCCGGGCCAGAAAAUGGCCCAGGUGGAGUUUACGGCUGUUGUUUUGACGCUGCUGCGGAGAUGUCGCAUCGAUGCGGUCCCGUUGGACGGGGAAGGGCGCAAAGAAACAGAGGAAAGGUUGGACGCUGAGCUCCGUGACAGCAGCUGGGUCACGGUUCUACAAAUGAACAACGUGUUUGAUCCCAAGCCGAAUAAGGGGCUUCCUAUGAGGUUCUCUCGAAGGAGAUAG